GCGCGUGCGCGGGGCGGGCGACUGCGCGCGCACUUUUCCCUCGCCCCCACCCAGACCCAGAAGGCGGUACCAUGGCGGCUCCCCCGCCCGCACCCCCGCCAGAGCCCGUCACCCACCUCAUCUUUGACAUGGACGGACUUCUUUUGGAUACUGAACGGCUCUAUUCAGUGGUGUUUCAAGAAAUAUGUGAUCGCUAUGACAAGAAAUACAGCUGGGAUGUAAAGUCCCUGGUUAUGGGUAAGAAGGCAUUAGAGGCGGCACAGAUUAUAAUAGACGUCUUGCAGCUCCCGAUGUCUAAAGAGGAGCUGGUGGAAGAAAGCCAAACGAAGUUAAAGGAAGUGUUCCCCACGGCUGUGCUCAUGCCAGGGGCUGAGAAACUCAUCAUCCACCUGCGGAAACACGGCAUCCCCUUUGCCCUGGCCACCAGCUCAGGGUCUGCAUCAUUCGAGAUGAAGACAAGCCAGCACAAGGAGUUCUUCAGCUUGUUUUCUCACAUCGUGCUAGGAGACGACCCUGAAGUGCAGCGUGGCAAGCCAGACCCUGACAUCUUCCUAGCUUGUGCCAAGAGGUUCUCUCCCCGUCCUCCUAUGGAGAAGUGCCUUGUCUUUGAAGAUGCUCCCAAUGGGGUGGAGGCGGCCCUGGCAGCUGGGAUGCAGGUGGUCAUGGUUCCAGAUGGAAACUUGAGCCGAGACCUGACGACAAAGGCCACCGUGGUGCUGAAUUCCCUGCAGGACUUCCAGCCCGAGCUGUUUGGUUUGCCUCUCUAUGACUGAAAGAGAGGGCCUCGCUAUGCCACCCCCCAGCCCAGUCUCAUGGUCCACACUGCUGGGGAAAGGAAAAGGAAAUCAGCAACUCUCAAACAGCAACGUGCACAGUGAUUUUAGCCUCCCGAGAUUGGUGUUUCCAUCCUGCGUUGACUUCCCUUACUCUAGCGUGUUGAUAAAACGUGACUUGACAGUUGAGAGAAACACGGUAGAAACAGAAACAAAGCCCAGAACAAAGACGAAACUUGAAUUACCAUCUCAAAAAUCAGGAUAACGUACUAUGUGCUAAAGUGAAUGUACAUGUAUACAUCUGCCACAUGCACCUCUAUAUAUGCACAUGUAUAUCAGUAAGUUAAUAUGCAUGUAGGAAAUUACAUGUGUAUAUAUGUAGAUAUAUGCAUGCAUAUAUAUGUGAGAUACAUACUUUACCAAGACAAAAAUGGAACAUCAUUUCUCUUUUAUUCUAGUUUUUCUGAACACUGGGAAAUGUAAACUGUGUAUGCAUAUAAGUAUAUGCUUUAUAUAUUCAUAUGUAUGUACAUAUAUCUGUCAUCUGCAUCACUCUCCUCAGUGUUGAUGUCAGCAUACAGUGACAACUGAUAAAGCGAGAUGGUAGUUCUGCCUAGCUUCCAGUCUGAGUGGGAAAGCCCUGUUUUUGAUGAGCACUAAGAAGUACUUCUUGUUAGCUAACAUUUAAAUUCUUUUUGUGACCUCAGAAUGUCUCUGGAUCUUUCCUCAUUGACUGACUCUGAGCCACAUCAUCCAUAGUUUAUUGUUAGUAUGAACACAACUGUAGCAUUUACCUGGUAUCUACAUCCUUAUCUACAUUGGAGAAUGCUUUCUACCUCAGAGCAAACAUUUGCCUCCUUAAAGAACACUGAUGGCCUACACUUUUUGGAUAGAAAUAGAAGUUGAUUUCAGAAAGUAUGUUUGGUGAGUCUGAGUGCCCUGGGAGCACUUUUGGAAUAAUUUAUCAGACAUUGAACUUCUGUGAUUAAUUGCUUUUAUAGAGUUACACCGUCUUUAAAAUUUGUCUAUGAUUUGCCAGAGAAAAAUGGUGGUAGCUAUGGAAAUCAGGAGUGAAGGAGUACUGCUCCGUUGUGGCUCAGCCCUUCCCAGUGGCCCCUGCCCUUUGAUGUCCUUGAGAAGCUCUUCAAUUCGGGAAGUUGCACACAAACCAUAGGAAGGCAUGUAUGUGUGUGGUGGAGUGAUUGUCUGUGGAUGACAGGCCCUGGCUAUUGCAUCAAUUUAGCAAAUUUAUUUCCUCAUUCCCAAUGGCCUAUAUACAUGUGCACUUUGAAUGCUCCUCUUAAUCAGUUGUAUUGUCUUACUGUUUCCCUAAUAAAUUGAAUUAGUUAAAUAAAAUCUUUUAACACAUGUU